AUGCCUCCUCUUUGCCUUUGGCUCGGAGCACUCUGAGUUACGCGCGCGCAGAAGCAGCGCAUCAUUUCAGCUCGGAAGGAAAGGACAGCCGGGCAAGAGAGAAAAGGAGAGCGCGCGUGGCCCCAUAUUUCUGACCGUCAUUCGCGAGGACUUUUCUCUUUUUAACCGAAUGGCUGUAUGAAAGACUCGGUCCCCCCAACUCCUCAUCUUCUUUCUCUUCUCCCUCUCCUUUGGGACAUACGAGUCCUUUCUCUCUGUACCGGGCCGCGCUCGGCGUAAAAAAUCCAAAGCGAGUCCUGUACCAGUUCGUCUCCGCACGCGCGCUGUGUGUGGACGGUCAUGGAUAGCCAAAUCAAGUGGAAAGCGAAACGGAGGCUUAAGGGCACGCGGCUUGCUCUAACGAUGCUCGUGCUAUUUGCCGCAGCAACCACGUCGUCGCGCGCUGGACCAGUUGAUCCAGCUGACCUUCUGAAGAUUUUAGAUUUUCCAAGUUUGCCUGACGGCGUAACGAAAACUACAGGCUUCUGCACACACAGGAAGUCGUCGAAAGGGCCUGAUGUAGCCUACAGAGUAACCAAAGAUGCUCAGCUCAGUGCUCCUACCAAACAGCUCUACCCCUCUUCCGUUUUUCCAGAAGACUUCUCCAUUGUGGCGACUGUGCGGCCCAAUAAGGGCAGCCAGGCAUUCCUGCUCUCCAUCUAUAAUGAGCAGGGCAUGCAGCAGCUGGGUAUUGAGGUGGGCCGCUCACCUGUCUUCCUCUAUGAGGACCACCUGGGCAAGCCAGGCCCUGAGGACUACCCUCUCUUCAGAGGAGUAAACCUAGCUGACGGAAAGUGGCACCGAGUGGCGAUCAGCGUCCAUAAGCAGAGUGUUACACUGAUUGUGGACUGUAAGAAGCAGACGACACGCAAGUUGGCACGAAGCCCAAACCCAGUAAUUGACACUAAAGGCAUUGUGGUGUUUGGUACACGCAUUCUGGAUGAAGAAGUGUUUGAGGGUGAUAUUCAGCAGCUGAUGAUUAUAGCAGACCAUCGUGCUGCAUAUGACUACUGUGAACAUUAUAGCCCAGACUGUGAGGUUCCUGCCCAGGAACAGCCACAAAACCAGGACCCCAACACUGACGAAUAUAACACCGAAGAUGACACCUACUACUAUGAGUACCCAUACUAUGAUGACAUGGAUGCAGAGAAGAAUGAGGAUUCAUCAGUCACCUCUAGAAGGGUCACAGACUCAGGAUCAAGUGACACAACAAACCCAAGGGAAACCGUGACCACAGUCGUUGGUGGAGGAGGACAUUCUGGUGGCUCUACUAGCAGUUCGGCUAGCAGUUCUUCUGGUAGUUCUUCAAGUAGUUCUUCAACUGGUACCUCUAACACAGGAGCUGCUGGCGAGUCAUACGACUAUGAGGAUUCCAUGUAUGAAACCACAUACUAUGAUGAAUCGACUGCCUCGCCUGAUGGCUCUAUAACGAUCACAAGCACAGGCACAGAUACCGGGCAUGACCUGGACCUGAGCAGUAGAGUGGAUCUGGGGUUGGGUGGAGAUACAGAGAAACACAUUAUCACUUCAGUAGGAGAAGGAGGAGAAGGAAUCCACACAUCCAGCACUGGUGGCUCUGGUUCAAACAUUAGAAUUGUUUCGGGUUCUAGCACCAAUUCAGGAUCCAGCUCCGGUUCUGGUUCCAGCACAGGAUCCAGCUCCGGUUCUGGUUCCAGCACAGGAUCCAGCUCCAGUUCUGGUUCCAGCACAGGAUCUGGCUCUGCGUCCACCUCUAUUACAGGAUCUGGAUCUGUUUCCACAAGUACAGGAUCUGCUACCAGUUCUAGCUCCAGCUCUAGCUCAGUGGAUACUUAUGAUGACUAUGGCUAUGGUGUGGGCUAUGGAGAGGAGUACACGGAUGGUUUUGGUGAGGGCGAGGACUCUAUUGGAGGAGGAGGCGCCAGCAGUACUGUCGGAGGUGGAUCUGUUUCUGUUGGGGGCGGAUCAGUCUCAGUUGGGGGCAGCUCUGUUUCUGUUGGAGGUGGUUCAGUCUCUGUUAGUGGUUCAGGUGGAGUUGGUGGUGGAUCUGCCAAUGCUGGGGCCAGCACUGGGGUGGGAACGGCCCAGACAGGAGCUGGUGAGGAUGAUUUGGAUGCAUUUAAGGAGGAGUCCAUCACGGAUCUCACUGACUCUGACCUGGACCAGAUUUACAGUGACUACAAAGACUACUACACCGAAGUCGACGACAAAGUCUUACCUGCCGAGACUGACAAUUACCAGGUUGAAGGUUCCAGAGGAGAGAAGGGGCAAAAAGGAGAGCCAGCUAUCAUUGAACCAGGAAUGUUGGUGGAGGGCCCCCCUGGUGCUGAGGGCCCAAUUGGUUUACCUGGUCCUUCAGGAACAUCUGGAUCCCCUGGCUCUCCCGGAGAUCCUGGAGAGAGGGGUCCUCCUGGUCGCCCUGGUCUUCCAGGAGCUGAUGGACUGCCAGGACCCCCAGGGACCGUCCUGAUGCUGCCUUUCCGGAUGAGCACAGGAGGAGAUGCUGGACAUAAAGGACCUGCAGUUUCUGCCCAAGAGUCUCAGAUGCAGGCCAUCAUGCAGCAGGCCAGGCUGGCAAUGAGAGGUCCACCUGGUCCAAUGGGCUUGACUGGUCGUCCUGGACCUUUGGGUCCUCCUGGUGUGAUUGGACUUAAAGGUGAAUCUGGAGAGCAGGGUCCUCAGGGUCCUCGUGGUCCUUUGGGUUCGGUUGGCCCUCCUGGAAAGCCUGGUAGAAGAGGUCGUCCUGGAGCAGAUGGAGCCAGAGGCAUGCCUGGACAAACUGGACCAAAGGGAGACAGAGGUUUCGAUGGCCUGGCUGGAUUACCUGGAGAAAAGGGACACAGGGGUGAGUCAGGACCUCAGGGACCCCCUGGACCCCCCGGAGAGGACGGAGAAAGAGGGGAUGAUGGUGAGGUUGGACCUAGGGGUCUGCCCGGUGAACCGGGUCCUCGUGGCUUGUUAGGACCCAAAGGACCUCAGGGACCUCCUGGAUCUCCUGGCGUGACAGGGAUGGAUGGCCAUCCUGGUCCAAAAGGAAACAUUGGACCUCAAGGUGAACCUGGUCCUCCAGGACAGCAAGGCAACCCUGGUGCUCAGGGACUUCCAGGACCUCAAGGAGCCAUCGGACCACCAGGAGAGAAGGGUCCAACAGGGAAACCAGGAUUACCGGGAAUGCCAGGAGCCGAUGGACCACCGGGUCACCCAGGAAAGGAAGGUCCAUCUGGAGAGAAAGGUCACCAGGGACCACCUGGUGCACAAGGGCCGAUCGGCUAUCCUGGUCCUAGAGGUGUGAAGGGUGCUGAUGGAGUUCGGGGGUUAAAAGGAAACAAGGGUGAAAAGGGAGAAGAUGGUUUCCCUGGGUUUAAAGGAGACAUGGGUAUCAAGGGUGAUCGGGGUGAGAUCGGAGCCGCAGGACCCAGAGGAGAGGACGGCCCUGAGGGACCUAAAGGACGCUCUGGUUUACCUGGAGAUGCUGGACCUCUGGGACCAAAUGGAGAGAAGGGCAAGCUUGGUGUUCCAGGAUUGCCAGGUUAUCCUGGAAGACAAGGGCCAAAGGGUUCUCAAGGAUUCCAAGGCUUCCCAGGAGCCAAUGGAGAAAAGGGAGCAAGGGGAACAGCUGGAAAGCCUGGACCACGAGGACAGCGAGGACCAACCGGUCCUCGUGGAGAAAGAGGCCCAAGGGGACCCACAGGAAAAGCUGGACCAAAGGGCAACUCAGGAAGCGAUGGGCCCCCAGGACCACCUGGUGAACGGGGUCUGCCAGGACCACAAGGAUCAACUGGAUUCCCUGGACCUAAAGGGCCUCCUGGACCACCUGGAAAAGAUGGACUGCCUGGGCACCCCGGCCAGAGAGGAGAGACGGGUUUCCAAGGAAAGACUGGACCUCCUGGACCCCCAGGUGUGCUGGGACCUCAGGGACCAACAGGUGAAACUGGACCAAUGGGAGAACGAGGCCAUCCCGGACCUCCAGGACCACCAGGUGAACAAGGCUUGCCUGGACCUGCUGGUAAAGAGGGAGCCAAGGGAGAUCCAGGUCCAGCAGGCCCUGCUGGUAAAGAUGGACCUCAAGGACUGCGAGGUUUUCCUGGAGAGAGAGGGCUUCCUGGGCCUCUUGGAACUGCAGGUUUGAAAGGAAAUGAAGGACCACCAGGUCCACCUGGACCUGCUGGUUCACCCGGUGAACGUGGUCCUGCUGGUCCGACAGGUCCCACUGGACCACCUGGACGUCCAGGACCUCAAGGACCCCCGGGGCCUGCUGGAGAGAAAGGUGGACCAGGAGAAAAAGGACCUCAAGGCCCUGCUGGUAGAGAUGGAAUUCAGGGACCUGUUGGUUUACCUGGUCCUGCUGGACCUCUUGGACCUCCAGGAGAAGAUGGAGAUAAGGGCGAGAUUGGUGAGCCUGGUCAAAAAGGUAGCAAAGGAGAUAAAGGAGAGCAGGGUCCUCCUGGGCCAACUGGCCCCCAAGGACCAAUUGGUGCACCUGGUCCUGCUGGAGCUGAUGGAGAGCCUGGUCCGCGAGGACAGCAGGGUUUGUUUGGGCAAAAGGGAGAUGAGGGGCCACGAGGAUUCCCUGGACCACCAGGGCCUGUUGGCCUUCAGGGUUUGCCUGGACCCCCUGGUGAGAAAGGAGAAACUGGAGAUGUUGGUCACAUGGGUCCACCUGGUCCUCCAGGUCCCCGAGGCCCCUCUGGACCUCCAGGAGCCGAUGGACCCCAGGGGCCCCCUGGAGGCAUUGGAAACCCUGGAGCUGUGGGAGAGAAGGGAGAUCCAGGUGAGGCUGGAGAGCCCGGUCUGCAAGGCGACGUUGGUCCCCCGGGACCAAGAGGAGAGCGAGGAGAGAAAGGAGAAGCUGGUCCUGCUGGCUCUGCUGGUCCACCAGGACCUAAGGGCCCUCCUGGUGAUGAUGGUCCUAAAGGAAGUCCAGGUCCAAGUGGUUUUCCUGGUGACCCUGGACCUCCUGGAGAGCCUGGUCCACCUGGUUUGGAUGGUCCUCCUGGUGACAAAGGUGAUGAUGGAGAGCCUGGUCAACCGGGAUCUCCAGGACCAACUGGUGAAUCUGGACCAACUGGACCUCCAGGAAAGAGAGGUCCUCCAGGAGCGGCAGGACCUGAGGGACGACAGGGAGAGAAAGGAGCUAAGGGAGAACCCGGUCUCGAAGGUCCACAGGGUAAGACAGGGCCUGUUGGACCCCAAGGUGCUCCUGGCAAGCCUGGUUCUGAAGGAUUGCGAGGAAUCCCUGGCCCAGUAGGAGAACAAGGUCUGCCUGGAUCUCCUGGACCUGAUGGACCCCCAGGACCUAUGGGUCCUCCUGGACUGCCUGGACUGAAAGGAGACACUGGAGUUAAAGGAGAAAAGGGUCAUCCAGGUCUAAUUGGUUUGAUUGGGCCUCCUGGAGAGCAGGGAGAGAAAGGAGACAGAGGACUGCCAGGACCACAGGGAGCAUCUGGACCUAAAGGAGACAAUGGCAUUGCUGGCCCUGCUGGACCUCUGGGACCUAUUGGACCUCCAGGAUUGCCUGGCCCUCCUGGUCCAAAAGGAGCUAAAGGAUCAUCAGGUCAAACAGGACCAAAGGGAGAACCAGGAGUACCAGGGACUCCAGGUCCUCCGGGUCCACCAGGUGAUGUCAUCCACCCACUGCCCAUCCAUUCAAGCCCAAAAAGAGCACGGCGAAGCAUUGAUGCUAGCCAAUUGGUGGAUGAUGCACCUGAUGCUAACUACAAGGAUUAUGAGGAUGGUAUGGAGGAGAUCUUUGGAUCACUCAACUCCCUAAAGCAGGAGAUUGAACAGAUGAAGCACCCACUGGGCACCAAGGGCAACCCAGCACGCACCUGCAAAGACCUGCAACUCUGCCACCCUGACUUCCCUGAUGGCGAGUACUGGAUUGAUCCAAACCAGGGCUGCUCACGAGAUUCUUUCAAGGUUUACUGCAACUUCACAGCUGGAGGAGAGAGUUGUAUCUUCCCAGAUAAAAAGAGUGAAGGGACUAGGCUAACCUCCUGGGUGAAGGAGACUCCAGGCUCCUGGUACAGUGAAUUCAAACGUGGUAAACUGCUCUCUUACAUGGAUGCUGAGGGCAAUCCAAUUGGUGUGGUCCAAAUGACGUUCAUGCGCUUGCUAAGUGCCUCAGCACGGCAGAACCUCACAUAUAACUGCUACCAGUCUGUGGCCUGGCAUGACCAGGAACUAAACUCUCACGACAAGGCCAUCCGCUUCCUGGGCUCCAAUGAUGAAGAGAUGUCCCAUGACAACAAUCCAUACAUUAGUGCCAUCAUGGAUGGAUGUGCGUUGAAAAAGGGGUAUGAAAAGACUAUUCUAGAGAUCAACACACCAAAAGUGGAGCAGAUACCAUAUGUUGACAUCAUGUUCAACGAUUUUGGUGGAGCAACGCAGAAGUUUGGCUUUGAGGUUGGCCCAGCCUGCUUUAUUGGCUAAGACUGUUCACUGAGCACACCAGAAAAUAAAUAAUAAACAAUUUUCAUUUUCUCAGAAACCAAAGAAAGGAAUAGGACAACAUAUUUUAUAAAGAUUUGUGUUUCCCAAAUAAAACACCAACUUCGCAUAGAAAGGAUAAAAGAAAUUUAAUAAAAUAAAGAAUGGAAAUAAAAACACAUUUUUUUUGACCUCAGUGUACCUGUCUCUGUCACAUGCAAGUUUUGAAACUGGAUUAGCCGAAUGCUAGGUAGCUAACCCUGUGCUUUAAUUGCCACGUUCUUAAUGCAUCUUACCACCCAUGCUGUAUCGGUGUAGGAAAUAGCAACAGUAUUCCUCCAUCUUUGAUGCACUUCCUGCGGGUGGAAACCUCCUCACACACUCCACCUGGUUUUAGCUCUGUCUGGUUUCUUCUUGCAUUUAUUCAGUGUUUCACUUUCUGACCAGUACUUCAAUGAACUCUAUUUUGUGCAUAUUUGUUUUCCCAUUCCCUGGAAUGGUGCUUAUAUAUAAAUAUAUAUAAAUAUUUUUUGUAUGUUUGUAAGUACUUUCUGUAUAUUUCUCUGUUUUUUUCCUAUUUCUUUUUUUGUGUGUGCUUCAAAACAUGCAUGUGAACCAUUGAGCAAGAAGGACCGCAGAGAUGGUGGUUAUUACAGUAAAUUAAAAAAAUUAAUUUCAACAAUAACAGCCCUGCUAGAGAAAAUUGGAUAGCAAUAAAUGAAUAAAUAAAUAAAAUAAAAUAAAGUGGCAGAAACACCAAGAAGAAAUCAUUAUGUCCUGUUGUAGGUGUGACCCACAUCUUUUUGUGUAAUUUCACGCGAACGAAUGAAAAUAAUAUUUAGUAUACGCGAUAACAGCAAGUUCAUAUCAACUGAUUUUGGUAUUGUGGAUUGCUACUAUCACAGGGCAUCUGAAUGAUUCCAUCCUUUAUCCUUUUUCUAUCAAACCUUGUGCUUGAGAUCUAUCAGAAAGCACACAUAAUGAAAGACCGUUUCAUUGAGGAAACACUAUAUCAGUAAACUAGGUGCUAUUUCCUUCUGCCUGUGGUGCUAUAUACAUAUAUUUUUUCCAAUUUUUAUUUGUUUAUUUGUUUAAAAUGAUUCACCAAUGAUGAUGCAUCUUCCAUUUCUUUCAUCACAUUUUUCUGGGUAGUGGGUCCUGUGUUUUAUGUUGGGAAAUAUUCUUAUGCAUGCCAAUCCAUCAUAUUCAUUCAUAAACCAAAAGUACCUAACAAAUUUGUCUCUUUGACGUCACCCUACACACUGUUGUUGAAUGUGCAGUAUGCAAACUGUAAAGUGGCUCUUUACCUGGAGAUUAUUUAUGUACUUUUGCAUAGUCCUCCAUAGCACAUUUAUUCCCAUCAAUUUAAAAUGUAGUAGUAAUUUUUAUAAAGGUAGUAAAUGUUUUACGGUGUCUGUGGACCUAGAGCUUUACAGUGGACAUGAGUGCAAUCAGUUCACCUCAAGCAGUCAGAAGUCCAUAAAAUCUUUAGUCGAGACGUGUGUUUUUUUGUUUUUUUUUUGGUUUUUUGUUUUUUUUGGUUUUUGUUUUUUAUUUUUUUGUACAGGGAAGAACUUGACCUCUGUUACCAGAGCCAAAUACAGAGGACCAACUAAUCUACUGUCCUCAGAUUCUCAGGCCAAAGAUAUUCUCACAGCUUUAGGCUUCAUCAAAUACGUUCAAUGACCAAAAAAAGUCACUUUAUAUAAGAUUGUGCACCUGUGGGGUAGAUAGAUUUCCAGUUUAUUAUAAUUCUUAAUCCUUGGUAUAGAAAGCAAAUCCGUUUUCUUGUCUUUAUUUCCCUGUUUUCCCUGCAUUUCUUUGCCACUAGUCCCUAAUGCACUCAACAUCUUACACCACUAUGCCAGCUACUUUGCUACAAACCUUUGCAUUCUAUUAAUUUGAGAUAUGACUUGAACUUCUUUUUAAAAACUAAUUCAUGACAAAGAUUAAAAAAAUAUCAUGUUUAGGAAAAUAAUCAUUUUUGUAAAUUUCCAAAAAGAAAAAAAAAAAAAGAAGAAAAGCCAUCACGCUGCCAAUAAACGAAUUCUGUUUUGUUUGGUUUUUGUAAUAUUUGUCUUGUGUUGUCUUGUCUGUUUUAAGGUCUUGUUAAACCUGUGUAAGAGAGGAUAGAAGAUAUAUUGUUAUUUUGUGUCAAUAAAUUCAAAUUUACUGUGGCCACGCACCCUUGUAUGUCUUUUGAAGCAUUAAAGCCUUUCUGUAUGCAUGAAAA